AUGCAGUUCACCAGCCUUGCCGUUCUCUUCAUGGCCAGUGUUGUCUAUUCUUUGCCUGCGCCUGCUCCUGCCGCCGUGGGGUUCAGCACCCUCGAAACCAGAUUUAACAUUGUCUCCGAAUGCGCUGGCUCCAAGUGCCGGGUCGAUGGCAAGGACUAUGACUGCUACGUUGGCACUUGCGCGGACGGGCAACACUGCGGUGGCCCCAAUGUUAACAACCUUGCCUGCAACAUGUAG